AUGUCAGCAAUUCCAGCAGGAACAAAAGUAGCCGUCUCGGCCACCGCUCCCGGCACCUCGCGCCGCGCCCUCCUCCUCGACGACGAGAGCGCAUGGACGGCCCCCGCGACGCCCGCGACCAUCACCCUGCGGUUCCCGCAGCCCGUGUCCGCCACCAAGCUCGGCCUGACGUUCCAGGGCGGGUUCGUGGCCAGCACCGUCACGCUCGAGGGCGUCGUCCCCGGCGGAGAGGACGGCGGGCGCGAGGUGGACCUCGGCAAGGUCUACCCCGAGGACGUCAGCCGGCGGCAGGUGUUUGAUGUUUCCGUCGACAAUGUCGUCGAGCUCAGGCUCGAGCUGGCCGCCAGCUCGGACCACCACGGCCGCGUGACGCUCUACCACGUCGAACUGCUCGCGUGA